AUGAGGUGGAUUGAGUAUUCAUUUAUAUUUCUUGUGAUUUUUUCAAGUUGUAUUUUUUCUGAGGAUUUGAAGACAAAUAUUAUCCACACAGGGUCAGAAUUCUAUUCAAAAAGCCAUUUGGUCUAUAGAAAUUUGAAAAAGAAUUUUUAUGAUGAGUUAACAGAGGAAUAUUUAUUGGAAUCGUCGUCAUCAUUAGAAUGGAAAUCUUUAAAUGAUUGUCAAGGCAUGAUUUUAUGUAGGGUACAUGUGGAAGGAACAGAAGUGGUAGUUCUUAAAGUUAUUGAGCAAGAAUCUUCGAAUGAUGUAUAUAAGGAAAAUACAUGUUCAGAUUCUGAUGAAAAGGAAUCAGUGAAAUUUUUAGUAACAGAGGAUCAUGAUUCAGGUAAAACCCAAAAGAAUUUGAUUAAUUCUUUUAUAAAUAAUUCUCAAGAAUGCAAAGAAUGCGAAGAAUGUGAAGAAUGUGGGGAAUGUGCAGGAUGCCAAGAAUGUGAGGACGGUGGAUUGUAUAUUAGUGACUCUGAUUUAUUAUUGAUUGACUUAAUUAAAUCUGGAAAAGCUAAAAUUGUCGAUAACAAGGACCAUGUUCAUUCAAAGACAAAUAAUAUGAAUAGUUUUGGUUAUUUUUGUGGUUCUGUUGAUGAACAAGAUUUAGGACCUCCUAACUUAUCGUAA